CAGCCAAUCAGCGCGGCGCGGCGGCGCGUCAGGAGCAGUGCGCUUGCGCAGAGCGCGGCGUGACACUCGUGCAGUGGACGCGUGUGUGAUCCCGGUUCUUCAGCGUCCGUCAGCGGAUCAUGUCGUGGCUCUUCGGGCUCAAUAAAGGUCAGAGCGGCGCUCCGCCGGACGCUCCCGUUCCGCCCGCUCCUCCUCCUCCGGCCGGCGGCUCCGGAUCGGGUGACAAACCCAAGGACAAAUGGAGCAACUUCGACCCGACCGGGCUGGAGCGCGCGGCGCAGGCGGCCAAAGAGCUGGACCAAUCGCGUCACGCCAAAGAGGCGCUGGAUCUGGCGCGCAUGCAGGAGCAGAGCGUGCAGCUGGAGCACCAGAGCCGCGUCAAGGAGUAUGAGGCGGCGGUGGAGCAGCUGAAGGGCGAUCAGAUCCGCAUCCAGGCAGAGGAGCGCAGGAAGACUCUGAACGAGGAGACCAAACAGCACCAGGCGAGGGCGCAGUAUCAGGACAAACUGGCGCGGCAGCGGUACGACGACCAGCUCCGGCAGCAGCAACUCCUGAACGAUGAGAACCUGCGCAAACAGGAAGAGUCCGUGCAGAAACAGGAAGCCAUGAGGAAAGCGACCAUCGAGCACGAGAUGGAGCUGCGGCACAAGAACGAGAUGCUGCGCGUGGAGGCGGAGUCUAAAGCUCGCGCGCGGGUGGAGCGAGAGAACGCUGACAUCAUCCGCGAACAGAUCCGACUGAAGGCGGCCGAGCACCGACAGACCGUCCUCGAGUCCAUACGGACGGCGGGCGCUGUGUUCGGUGAAGGUUUCCGCGCAUUUGUAUCAGACUGGGAUAAAGUCACGGCAACGGUGGCGGGACUCACGCUGCUGGCGGUGGGCGUUUAUUCGGCGCGUAACGCUACCACUGUGGCCGGACGAUACAUCGAGGCGCGGCUAGGAAAGCCUUCGCUAGUGCGAGAAACGUCACGGUUCACUGUGGUGGAGGCCCUCAAACACCCCAUCAAGAUGGCGAAGCGUUUGAAGAGCAAACCGCAGGACGCGCUGGAGGGAGUCGUGCUCAGCCCUUCGCUGGAGGAGCGCGUGCGUGACAUCGCCAUAGCGACGAGGAACACGCGACAGAACCGCGGGCUGUACCGGAACAUCCUGAUGUACGGCCCUCCGGGGACGGGGAAGACGCUCUUCGCUAAGAAGCUGGCGAUGCAUUCUGGGAUGGAUUACGCCAUCAUGACGGGAGGAGACGUGGCGCCGAUGGGCCGAGACGGAGUGACGGCGAUGCACAAGGUGUUUGAUUGGGCCGGAACCAGCGGCCGCGGGCUGCUGCUGUUUGUGGAUGAAGCUGAUGCAUUCCUGCGCAAGAGAUCCACCGAGAAGAUCAGCGAGGAUCUCAGAGCGACUCUGAAUGCAUUCCUGUACCGCACCGGAGAACAGAGCAACAAGUUCAUGCUGGUUCUGGCCAGUAAUCAGCCGGAGCAGUUUGAUUGGGCCAUAAACGACCGAAUCGAUGAGAUCGUGAACUUCAUGCUGCCGGGACUCGAGGAGAGAGAGAGACUCGUGCGGCUCUACUUUGACCGAUACGUGCUGGAGCCGGCCACCGGAGGACGCCAGAGGCUGAAGCUGGCUCAGUUUGAUUAUGGGCUCAAGUGUUCAGAGAUUGCGAAGCGUGUGAAGGGAAUGUCCGGACGAGAAAUCUCCAAACUCGCAGUCGCCUGGCAGUGUGUGCUGCAGAGGCUCAUGGGCGAUGAUGGCGACGACGCUGUGAGACAGCACCAGCAGAAGAUGGACUGGCUUCAUGGAGAAGGGGUUCUGGAUAACGAGGGCCGGCCGACGCCCACAAAAGGCUCCGCGCCGCCGCCGCUCAAGGCACAGGAAGUGGACAGCGAAGUGCCAUCAGACCGGAGCAAACCCGACGGGACUCCAGUUUAA